GUGAGCAUGUGGCGCCCCCUAGUGGCCGGUCUUUAAUGUUAACACUACAUGCUGCUUAGUAUUACGAGUCUUUUUCAUGUAUAAAUGGCCUUUAAAAUGUUUUCCAGACUCACUGCGUUAAAUCUCCGACGGAAGUCUCACCCAGCCGCCUUCAGUGCGUUAAAUCCGGGCUUCAGUUUAACGGUUGAACACGACCGACAGAACCGGCGCUUCACCGUCUCUCCGGGCAGCGGGGCAGACGGCCAUGCAGCCUGUGCGGUGCUGCUCUACAGAUUCACCGGAGAGAUGGAGGUGGACUUAAUGUCAACGUACGUACCGGAGACAUUUAGGGGCCAAGGUGUUGCUGCACAGCUGUCGCAGGCUGCCAUGGACUUCCUGGUUGAAGAAAACCUCAAGGCUCACGUCUCCUGUUGGUAUAUAAAGAAAUACAUCGAGGAUGACCCGCGACGGCGUUAUAAAGAAGUCGUCAUCACUUGACUGCAGUUUGUGCAGUAAAACCUGGGACCUCAAAUCAUCUACAACCUCAUGUUCUUAUCAUGCAGAGCUGUGGGGCCACAUGGAGGACGUACAAUGUGCCACACUUGAUCUGCAGCAUCCAAAAGUCAGGCUUUAUAUCAUAUUCAUAUUCUAGAAAUGUCUGAUUACAUCCAUUAAAGUUAGGCAUGGUAUAAUUCAUCCUGUUUCUAAAGAGACGUACAUUAACUUCAUGGUAAAUAAGGGCUCGAGCUGCAACGAUUUCAAUAAUCGAUUGUUAAUUAUUCAAAUUAAAUGUCAGAAAAUGCUGUUUUCAGCUGUUUUAUAUCAUAUUAAACAAUUAAUCUGAGAAAUUAUCCUGAGUUUCAAACAUAAUUAAGGAGGAAAAAUGUAUGAAUUUAAUCUUGAUUGCAAUAUCCAAACUGCAGGAUGCUCAAGAAUUUAAAAUAUGUUCAAAUAUCACAACUACAUUUUGUUUUCCAAGUCGGUAAAUCGUUCUUAAAGCAUUUCAGGGUUUGAAGAUUUCCACAUAUUUAUUUUUGUCCACCUGAAAUAGGUAAAGUGAUUUUUAUAUUUUUAUAUCAAAUAGCACUUUUUCAAUGUUUCAUCUGUUUAUAUUGUUUAAUUAUUGGUUGGUAAAGGUGCUGGAAAUCCUUGAAAACACUUGAAUUUUAAAAGUGCUUGGAAUUGUCACUCUUGGCACGAAACAUAAUUUUGGUUUAUUGAACAACAACAUUUGAUUUAAUGUGAAGAAGUGAAAUCCUCAGGACACUGAACAUACGGUAUGUUCUGUAUAUUAAUAUGUAUUUAUACACUUGUAAGGAGCUGGAAUUUGAACUCUGAAGUGACUUUUGUUGACCAUUAAAAUGUGAUUUCUUUCAGAGUA